AUGGAUACUGCUAAGUCUACUUUGAUUUUUCUAUCAGUAUUUCUAACUUUGUGCUGUGGUCAAGAUUUCCACACCUUUGUUGAGACAAACGAUCCUAGUAACAAUGAUAUAAGGCUGACAAGGAUGGUUUUAGAUCCUAAUAAUGGUCGUUUGUAUGUGGGAUCGGUAAAUAGACUUUAUAAAUUGACCAGUGACUUGGAGACGGAAGAAAUUGAGUCAACAGGUCCGAGAGAUGACAAUCAAAAUUGUAUACCACCAGAUUUUGUGCAGUGUGAUUCCACACUUGUUUCAACAAAUAAUAUCAAUAAGAUUUUAGUCAUUGAUACAGAUAAUAGUCAGUUGAUAACCUGUGGAAAUGUGUACAGAGGAUCUUGUGAAACAAGAGAUAUGGAUACUUUGACUUUGAUAAAGUGGUAUUAUAGACAGGUAGCAACAACUACAGAUGGAUCUACAGUGGCAAUAAUAGCUCAUGGUCCAAAUAAUGACAAUACUGGAGUUGGUCCAAAUGUGUUGUAUGUUGGUAGAAGUGUUGUCCCUGAUGAGGCUCAAUGGAUUCUUCUUUCUAGUCGUCUACUUCCAUCUAGUAACAAUGAGGAUCCAUUUACUAUACUGAAGGAUGAAACGGGAAAUGCUGGAUUUGUACAAGUAAAAGCAGAUUUCUUUGGAGUUUAUUCUGACUUUAACAUUGAUUAUAUUAGUGUAUUUGAAAGCAAUGGUUUUACGUAUUAUGUGUCCGUACAGCCCAAGGUAGACACCAUAACUAGUGGACCAUUUGUUACAAAAAUAGUUCAAAUUUGCCAAAGUUGUAGCAAGUAUAAGGAAACAUAUAUUGAUUUACCAUUGACAUGUACAGGCAGUGAUGGCGUUGAUUACAAUUUAGCCCAGUCAGCAUUUGUGACUCAAGCUGGAGAUGAUCUUGCAGAAGUUAUGAAUUUAAAUGACAAUGACAAUAAAGAUAUCGUAGUAGUGUCAUUUGCUAAAGCAGAUCAAACAUCAAAAAUACCAACAGACAAAUCAGCAGUCUGUAUUUACUCCAUCAAAAAAAUACGGGAAAAGUAUUUAGAGUGGCUUGACAUAUGUGCAUCGGAUCCAAAUCAACCAACUGGGUGUGCCUGGUCUUCUACUGCUUUGGAAGAUUUAUGUGGCAAUACCUGGCUGGAUGAUGUUAUUGGUGUUGAUUUGUGUGCAUGUCGUGACUUUGGCAAGAUAACAUGUGGAACCAAGAAUAUAACUGCGACACCUUGCUAUACAAGCAGUGAUUCCUUGAUAACCGCUGUAGCUGCAGUGUCCCAUUCAGGUCAUACAGUUAUAUUUACAGGAAAUCAAGAUGGACACCUAAAAAAG